GGAAGUGACGUCACUCUCGAGCGCUGCGCCGUCGCCAUCAUGGCGGGCAGGGGGUCCUGCCGCGUCCCGGAGCGGUGGACCGAGUACAUCCCGCUGGGCCGCAGGAUGCCGGGCACGCGCUUCGUGGCCUUCAAGGUGCCCCUGAAGGAGAGCUUUGAUCGGAACCUCCUGCCAGAAGAGAGAUUUUCCCCUCAUGACCUCAUCAGGAGGGUGGAGGAGAGGAAGGAGGAGCUGGGGCUGAUCAUUGACCUGACGUACACCACGCGCUACUACGGCCGUGAGGAGCUGCCACCCACCCUGCGCUACUGCAAGAUCCUGACCAUGGGGCACGAGAUCCCAAACAGAAAAACCAUUCUGAGGUUCAAAUACCUUGUGAAAAAGUUUCUGACAGCAAACAAAGACAAUGAUAAACUCAUUGGGGUGCACUGCACACAUGGCUUGAACAGGACUGGCUACCUGGUCUGCAGGUACCUGAUUGAUGUUGAAGGCAUGGAGCCAAAUGCUGCCAUAGAAUUGUUCAACAAGUGUCGAGGGCAUCCCAUAGAGAGAAGCAACUACAUCCAGGAUCUGCAGAAGAGAGCCCUGAAAAACUGUGAAGUGAAGAGCUUGGGCUCAGAUCUCUCCAGGAGCAAAGGCAGUGCCCCAGCCAAGCCCCCAAAGCAGCUGGUGAAGCCCCCCCUGGCAGUGCCCAGGAACCCUGGCAGCAGCAAGAAGAAGCAGUGGCCUGGCCCCACAGCUCAGGAACAGCCCCAGGAGCUGGGACACAGGCACGGGGCCCUGGGCCAGGGGCAGCUGCAGCAGAAGAAGCUGGAGCAGAGGCAGCUGAAAAAGCUGGAGCAUCUGGAGCAGAGGCAGCAGAGCUGGAAUCAUCUGGAGCAGGAGAAGCAGAUGAAGCAGAAUCACCUGGAACAGAAGAAACAGAUGAAGCAGAAUCACCUGAAGCAGAAUUAUUUGGAGCAGAGGCAGCAGAAGAAGUGGAAUCACCUGGAGCAGAAUCACCUGGAGCAGAGGAAGCAGAAGUGAAAUCACCUGGAGCAGAAUCACCUGGAGCAGAGGAAGCAGAAGAAGUGGAAUCACCUGGAGCAGGAUCACCUGGAGCAGGAUCAUCUGGAGCAGAGGAAGCAGAAGAAGUGGAAUCACUUGGAGCAGGAUCACCUGGAGCAGGAUCACCUGGAGCAGAGGCAGCAGAAUCACCUGGAGCAGAGGAAGCAGAAGAAGUGGAAUCACCUGGAGCAGAGGAAGCAGAAGAAGUGGAAUCACCUGGAGCAGAAUCACCUGGAGCAGAGGCAGCCCUGCAGUCUGGCCCCCAGGAACUGUUGGCUUUCCCCACCCUCCAAGAAGCAGCACAAGGAGCUGCUGCCCCCCCAGAGCCCCCAGCCCCAGGAGCCCCCGCCCGCCAGGAAACGGCGGCGCAGGAAGCACAGAGUGGGGGAGCAGGACAUGUCCUGACAGCACUGGGAGUGGGAUCCGUGGGGAAAAGCCCUCCUGGGGCUGGAGGGAGCAGCUGUGCCUCGCCCAGGAGCUGCCAGGCUGCUUUUUAAUCUCUUUUUCUCUUGCUCUCCCCAGCACCGAUGCUUUUACAAGGAAUUUUUUAAUCCGAUGCUGAUCCAUGAGGGAUGUGGGGAAUAAAAAUAAACACAGACUCAACCAGAGCUGGAAUAAUCCUAAAGAAACAUGCUCAGGCAUCCCUAGGACCUUCAACAAAACGGGCUUUUGUUGAUUUCCUCAGCACAUAAAAGAAACAGAACUGGCUGUGUAAACACGAGGGUUUUUUCCCUCCUUUUAACCCACUUUUGCUAAAGUAAAUUUCCACGCUGUGCAAACUGCA